CCUCUGAUGAAUCGUUCUUUAAGAAUAACAAGUGCUAUUUGAAUUUUUUAAUUAUAUAUUAAGGAGAGGGAAGAAAAAAUAAAGGCAUAUGAUCCAUGCAUGCAUGCUUUUGUAUUUAAAACGAUGAAAGACGAUAGGAAAAGAAAGAGAUCUGGUCGGAGAGAGAAGAAGAAAGAAGUAAAGGGAAAUGGUAAAUCCUAUCCCAAACUUUGCGAGGAACAUUUGGGGCAAAUGGAACAUUCAGGGUGUUGUCCUUGUGAGUCUGACCAUGCAAAUAGUUCUCAUCUUCAUAGCUCCUUUCAGAAAACGCUCGAGAAAUACAUUGUUGGUUUCGGUGCUUUGGUUCACGUACCUUGUUGCAGAUGUCACUGCGGAAUUCUGUGUUGGCCUCAUCUCCAACAAAUAUGGUGAUAAAGACACGGCAGUUUCCACCAUCGAUGACUACUUGCGAGCCUUCUGGACACCCUUUCUGCUGCUGCACUUGGGUGGCCCUGACACCAUUACAGCUUUUUCUCUCGAGGACAAUGAACUUUGGCUCAGGCACAUGCUUGCUUUCACGGUGCAGGUUUGUCUAACGGGUUACGUGUUCCUGUUGACACUUCCAGAAAACACGUUAUUGAUCCCUACAGUCCUAGUUUUCAUGGCGGGGGUCAUCAAAUUUGCAGAAAGAACUAUUUCUCUUCAACAUGCAAGUGCUGACAACUUCCGACAAUCUAUGAUUCAAAAUGCUGAUCCAGGUCCCAAUUAUGCAAAGCUCAUGCAUGAGCUGAAAUCAAGACAGGAAGCAGGACUUCCAGCACAAAUAGUAACCAUGCCAGAAAUCUCAGAACAAUUAAUCUCAGGACAAGUUGAUCAGUCAGAUGAUCAACAUUCCAAGAUACCUUCUAGAGAGGAAAAUGAUGAUCAAAUUGAUGGCAAUAACCCUUACAAACAAUCACAAGAAAAAGAAACACCCAUUAGUGCCGACUCACAACCAGAGACUCCCAAGAGUCUCCCUCGUGAAGUGGGAGAUUCUUCAACUCAGAGUGAUGUUGACGAAAAGCUAUCGGAUUUGGAAGUAAUGAAGGGUGCUUAUGACUACUUCAACAAAUUCAAAGGGCUGGUUGUUGACAUGAUCUUCAGCUUCCAGGAACGCAAAGAGAGUCGCACUUAUUUGCUACAAAGAACAGCAGUGGAUGCUUUGAGAGUGAUAGAGGUUGAACUCAACUUCAUCUACCAAGCUUUCUACACCAAGACAACCAUCAUAGAGAGUUGGGUAGGGCUUUUCUUUCGAUUUCUGUCCAUUGCUUCAGUCGUAGCAGCUUUGGUUGUUUUCAUUUUUGACGAAAAGAGGGGUUGCGAACCCUUUGAUGUUACAGUCACCUACGUAUUGUUGUAUGGUGCUGUAUCCUUGGAAGUCGUGUCCAUUUUCAUGUUCAUUUUCUCUGACUACUCAUUUGCAAUAUUGUACUCUCGCGGCUCUCAGAAAAUCAGUGAUUCUGAUAGUGGCACUAGAGGUGGCACGGAAACAACCAAACUAGACACCACUCUCAGUUGGGUCCUGAAGCUUAAGAAACCCAAAUGGUCAAAACACAAGGAUAACAAGCCAAAAUGGUUAAAAAAUGAGGAAUACGAAGUUUUGAAAAGAUUCGUACUGUUUCGUAGAUGGUCUGAAACCAUCUCGGCAUUCAACUUGAUAUCACGUUGCUUAGACAAGAAGAUUAAAUGGUUGGAUUGGGUGAUUAGAAAAAUUGGAGUCGAAGAGUUUGUGGAAAAAUGGAUAUAUGAGAAGAAGAGGCCAUUGCUUCAGAAACUUUGGAUUUUUAUAUUUAACGAGUUGAAAAGAAAAUCUGGGGAUGCAGAAGAUGUUGAAAGUAUUCAAAGAAUAUGUUCCUCUAGAGGUGAGUGGGUUAUCCAGGAAGGUGAUCUAUCACGAGAUGAUCUGAACAAGUUGAUGCGUUAUGUGGAACGCAACGAUGUCACUUUUGAUGAGUGCCUAAUUCUGUGGCACAUUGCCACUGACCUCUUGUUCUAUGUAGAAACGGAUGAGCAGAUAAAGAAAAAAAUUGAUGCUCCUGAUCUGGAGAAAGGAAAUCAUGAUGAUGGUGAAGAUGGUGAUAAAGAGGGGCAAAACAAAACGGAUGAGAAGAAAAAGAAAGAAAAUAAUGCUCAUGAUCUCAAGCAAGAAAAUCAUGGUGAUUGUGAAUAUAGUGAUAUUGAACUGCGGCAUUUUAGUAAGCUUUUGUCGGAUUACAUGUUGUACCUCGUGAUCAUGCAACCUACCAUGAUGUCUGCUAUUAGGGGAAUUGGGCAGAAAAGAUUCCUAGACACGUGUGCAGAGGCCACUAACUUCUUUAACACGAGGAAAAGUAUUGCUGCUGGAGAAAAGAAAAUGAGAGAGGAAGAUAAAAGAAACAAGCAGCAUCAAAAAAAGAACACAUCGAAUUGGCUUCUCUAUCAGGCAAGGGACAAGCUUGUAGAAUUCGUUCAGUUCAUCAAAAGGGGGUUAAGUGGCACUCGCUGGCGUGGAAUUAUUUUCAAAGAAAAAGAAGAGGAUGAAAAAGAAGAGGAUGAAGAUGGUCAAAUUAUUUUGAAAGAAAAAAAAGAGGAUGAAGAUGCAGAAAGUAAAAUGAAAAAGGCAUGCGAUGCACUACACAGUGUGUCUGUGGAAUAUGAACCCUCUGCUGUGAAGGGAGAUAGGAGCAAAUCUUUGUUAUUUGAUGCGUGUAAAUUGGCGAGUGUUAUAAGACGUUUAGAUGGGACGAACAAAUGGAGACUGAUGGCAGAAGUAUGGGUGGAAUUAUUAUCAUAUGCAGCAGCAAAUUGCAUACCAAUCACUCAUGUCCAACAACUUAGUAAAGGUGGAGAAUUCCUUUCCAUUGUUUGGCUAUUGAUGACUCAUUUAGGCCUAGCCAAGCAGUUUCAAAUCAAGGAAGGCCAUGCAAGGGCAAAAUUGGUCGUAAGUGAAGAAUAUGAGGAGAAAAAAAAUGAGGGCAAAAGUAGCUAAAAAUAACUUCAGUAUAACUUGUUGCUUCUUUUUUCUUGUUUCAAGACUAGAUGAUGUAGAGCGCUUGUUUAUUUUCUGUGUUUGCGGUAUCAUAUGUUUUUUUUCUUUGAAUUACGUAGUCAUUUUUGGUAAAUAAAUAAUAGAAGGAAUGAUAUUGUAGAACUACAAUUUCUAAAGUAAAAUUUGUAAUAUAAAAGUGUUCCGGUUUCAUAAU